AUUUUGUAUCGCGCACGACAGGAGACCUCAAUGGAGUCCGCGGCGGCGCCGUCGGCCGACACGUCAACAAUCCUCAGCCGCAUUAUCAAGACAGCAACUGCGUCAUUGUCGUCUUCCUCAAUCGCGUCCCUCGUCGGCAGCGACUCCCGUUCAGCCACACCUACAACAACUCCUACGUCGAUGGCAGCGAAACUCCCCCGACUCAAGGCUGGACGCUUGCUCCUCGAAGUUCAGGGCAUGCAACGCAAAUGGGAAUCAUACAUCGUCGCUCUCGUUGGGACGGACGUGACUAAUCUCACGCUCUACUACUACAAGGAUGCCACAGACAAAAUCCCCACGGGUAUGAUUCAACUGCAUAGUGCCAGCGUCGACUUGAUGGAAGAAGUUUUUUGCGUCAUCACGCUGGAGCAGACAUGGUACUUAUGUGCUGAUACUCCUCACGAUGCCGAGGAGUGGGUCGAUCUCAUUUGCACCACACUGGAAGCUGCCGCGAUGGACGCGCCAUUUCCGACGACGACGCAAGUCGAUUCUCCGUCGUUUCCAAGCGGUGGUCGACGGCGACGGCUGUCAAGCCACAUCACAACCUCGACUGUCCUCGAGAUUCAAUCCCGCGACGCCAGCACUCGAGUCGAUGAAUUCAUCGAGAUUUUCGUGCGGUCGAAUGAGACAGACAUCCGCAGUCAAGCGGCGCGGGGGGCAUUCUCGUGGUCGUGUCUGCGCAGCAUCACGUGGCGGCUCUGGCUUGGCUGCUUGCCCAUGGAUGCACCGAUCGGCAGCUGGACAGCGAUCACGUCCGCCCACCGACAGCGUUAUGAGUCGCUGCGGCACAAACACGUCCCCGAGGACUUGCCGGCAAUCAUUCAGCGCGAGGACUUUGCGAUGCAUGACGACGCGGAAGUGGAAGACGGGUCGUCGACGGCGCGUCGAAACGACAUGGUGCACGCCAUCUACAAAGACGUGCGUCGGACGCGGUGCAACAUGCAGUUCUUUCAAAGCGACCACAUGCAACGCAUGCUCGUGCACGUGCUGCUCGUGUACGCGGCGGAGCACCCUGCUGUGUCGUACAACCAGGGAAUGGGGGAGCUCUUGGCCGUCCUCGUGUACUUGCUGCACGUGGAGCGAUGGCCCAACAGUGGCAGCGACCGCACCAGCCAAGUCGAUGACAUCGACAACGAUGACGUGAGCAGCACGGUGGAUGAGGGCGAUGACGAAGGAGACGACGACUCGUAUGUGCACGUCGACAUGGUCGACGUUGGCAGGUCCAUGCUGGGCUCGGACUCUGUGCUCGAGAUGCGGCCGUUUGCAGCGUUGAAAGCCAAAUGCACGUCGACCUGCAAAGACACGGUCGCAGCGCUCCUGGCGACCCUCGCCGACAACUUUUUCCUCGAGCAUGACACGUACGCGUUGUUUGAGCAAGUGAUGAAGCGCAUGGCACCGAUGUUUUGCCCCCACGUUUCCUCUACGCCAGCCGCACGGGCGCCACCGACAGACCAACCAUCCCCACCCUGCUCCCCACGCGAUGACUUGUCUGCUCUGCAAGCGACAUGCGACCGCAUUCACAACGUCCUCCUGCAUCGAGUCGAUCCUGCCCUUGCUGCUCACCUCGACUCGUUCGACGUACCGCCCGAAGUGUACCUGCUGCGGUGGGUUCGCCUCCUCCUUGCUCGAGAAUUCCCCAUGUAUCAAGUCUGGGUCAUCUGGGAUUCCAUCUUCGGCCUUUCCCCGCAUGACUUUGGCUUUGUCGAUGUGUUGUGUGCUGCGAUGCUCCACGACAGCCGCACGUUGCUCCUGGCCCAGGACGACACCACAGGCCUCCUCCAUGCCCUCAAGGAGGUCGGGGAAAGCCACAGCAAACUUGUCGACAGCGCGAGAAAGAUGUAUACCCAGCAGCAACUCGCCCACGUGGCGGCGCACUUUGCACCGAUGUAGCGCUCCUCGACUCGUUGUACGUGCACCGUUAUGGGACUGUUAACCUAUGGGAAGACACACACAGCUAUGUUCAUGUGCCGCCAUGGGACAUGGUGAAUCACUUGGUGGCAAUCACAUCUUGUUCUGGUUCGAUCUGCGCGGAUCGGUGCGACGGAACGGC